AUGCAUGACAGAUUUCUCGCUAACAAGGAACGAGUCAAGAGGAAGAUGAUUACUGAUGGAUUUGCAGCUGCUGGAGGCCUUAUUCGCGACUUCUUGGGUAGAUGUUGUACUGCAUUCGCCUCCAAUGUGGGUAAAUGUUCGAUUGCUGCUGCUGAGCUCAAAGGAGCAAUUGUUGGUUUGCAGCUGGCUUGGGAGAAAGGCUAUCGAAAAGUGCAGCUUAAGAUGGACUCUACUAUUACUAUUGCUAUCAUUUGGGACCGCUCUGAUGAUGAUCAUCGACAUGGAUUACUGGAAAAACAAGUUAACCAUCUUUUGGAACGUGAUUGGGACGUCGCUGUCUCACAUGUGUACAGAGAAGGAAAUCAGACUGCUGAUUUUCUUGCUAAUUUAGGCCAUGGCCUGACUUUUGGAACACAUCAUGUUGAUGUGUUGAACUUUGAUCUUUGUAGAUGGCUUGAUUAUGAUGUGAGUCGAUUAGAAAAAGCAGAUGGUGGAGGCCAACGGCUUAAGGCUAGAGGAAAAGAGAUUUGGAAGAGGAAAACAAGCAUUAUGAUAGGAGGAGGAGUUGCGCAGGAAGACAUUUUGGCUCUCGGACCAGGUUGUGGAUCGUUGACAAUGGUCGGAAGUAGGAGCACGAGCAGAAUGGGCGUCAAACAGUGGACUCGGCCAAACAUGAUGGCCUCAAAGGUCAUGGGAUUGAUUGCGCAUGUAGACGAGAUGGAAAAUAGUGACACUAGUCUUCACGACUAUGGCGAGGCACAUAGGCCAGCAGGCUCAAGCGGUUGA